AUGCAUCUUUGCCACAUGUAUCAUCAUCAUCUGCUGCUAAGCCCAAACCCACCACCACUCGAAGACCACCGUGACAAACGAGCGCGUUUCAGUACUCUUUCGCCAGACUUACGUCAUACUUCAGUAACCAUCAUGGCCGCCCCUGAUCAACCCCCUCAACUUGCUGCAAUUCAACAACCUCCUCCUCCUUCUCCCCCACCUGCUGCUGUGGUCCCGCCGCCGCCGGAGGGUGACGGAGAGGGCUAUCAUUCCAACCAGUCGUCGGGGUCCAGCAGCCGUAUGGCUGUGGCUGCGGCCAAUGGUGGAGAUUCUUCAGCCUCUUCCGUCGCCGGUGGUGGUGCCUAUGCGUCUGGGGGUUCCGACGUUGAUGCUAUCUAA